GGGGCGGAGCGGAGUGUCGGGUGUCACGCAACGAGCACGUGACUGCCAUGGCCGCUGUUACGCGCGACGCCGCUCGGUAGUAAACUGUAAUCUCCGGCAGUAGAGGCGCUUCGAUCCGUAAGGAAAGACUGCAUUCUUUUCAGGCCGUUCCGAGCUCUUUGCUCCGCGCUGUCUUGUACCUUGGCCUCCCAAACUUUAUUCGUACGGUAGUAGCAGCUGCGGCGUCGUCGUCGUCUACGGAGGAGGAGUCAACAGGUCUCAGAGUUUUGUUACAGCACAGGCCAUAUGUAGACACUUUCUGAGGCACUGACUAGGACGAAGGGCCUCACUGCAGAGUAUAUCAUUCCACCCCUUGAAGAUCUAAAGGACCUGGCAGCAUUAAUGUUGAGGACAACGUAAACAGCUUCUUCGUCAUUAUGUAAGGUUAAUAUAUCUGGUCUGUGGAAAAAGAAGAGAACCAAGGACAAACAGUUGGGACAUCGAGGUUCUGGUUGGAAUUUUGGGACUACUCCCAUCCCUAUUCACCGUUGUCCCCAUCCCUUCAGCUUUUUGUGUGUGUGUGUUUUUUGUUUUUUAAUACAUCUUUUAAACUGGAUGUUUUCUCUCACCAAUCACUAUGCAAGAGGAAUUCAAUUAUUUAUUGAAGGAGAACAAAAAUUUACUUUAGAGGAGUUUUUUUCUCCCUAUUAAUACAACUUCAUUUUUUUUUUUUCUUCUGGCUAACUCUCAAGGUUUAAGACAAAUGUAAUUGAUCAUCAUUAUACAACAUACUUAAUUGUGUCUGGAUAAAAAAAACUAACUUAGUCUUUGUCAUCAAUAAGUUUUACUCUAUAAGGAAUAUUUGUGUGGAUAGUCCUUCCCGGCCCAGGCAAAACUUUUAAUCAAGCACUGGUGUUCAAACCAUGUCAAGUAACAGUGGCUCUUGCCCUACUCCUUCUGGAGAGGGCCACAUCAAUGGAUAUCCUGUGUCACCUUAUCCCUUUUUCUUUCCGCACAUGAUUGGAGGACUAUCCCCGUUAGGUAUCACCAGUCUGCAACACCAGCUCCCUGUCAGUGGCUACAGCACUCCAUCUCCUGCAACAAUAGAAACUCAGAGCACCAGUUCAGAAGAAAUUGUGCCAAGCCCGCCCUCUCCGCCCCCGCCACCAAGAGUCUACAAGCCCUGCUUUGUGUGCCAGGACAAGUCUUCAGGGUACCACUAUGGGGUCAGCGCCUGUGAGGGAUGCAAGGGCUUUUUUAGACGGAGCAUACAGAAGAACAUGGUGUACACAUGCCAUCGUGACAAGAACUGCAUUAUCAACAAGGUGACGAGAAACCGCUGCCAGUAUUGUCGGCUGCAGAAGUGCCUCGAAGUAGGAAUGUCUAAAGAGUCAGUAAGAAAUGACCGCAAUAAGAAAAAGAAGGAAGAAAAGAAGCAAGAGUGUUCUGAGAGCUACAUAAUGAGUCCAGAAACAGAGGAUAUGAUUGAGAAAGUCCGAAAAGCACAUCAGGAAACUUUCCCUUCUCUCUGUCAGCUUGGAAAAUACACUACGAAUUAUAGCUCAGACCAGCGAGUAUCUCUGGAUAUUGACUUGUGGGAUAAAUUUAGUGAGUUGUCUACCAAGUGCAUCAUUAAGACUGUUGAAUUCGCCAAACAGCUGCCUGGGUUCACCACACUAACCAUUGCUGACCAAAUCACUCUUCUCAAAGCCGCCUGUCUUGACAUUCUGAUUCUGCGGAUUUGCACACGGUAUACACCAGAGCAAGAUACGAUGACCUUCUCAGAUGGCCUAACCCUCAAUAGGACGCAGAUGCACAAUGCUGGCUUUGGGCCACUAACCGACUUGGUGUUUGCAUUUGCCAAUCAGUUGCUGCCACUAGAGAUGGAUGACGCAGAGACUGGGCUGUUGAGCGCAAUUUGUUUGUUGUGUGGAGACCGCCAGGACCUGGAGCAAUCAGACAAAGUGGAUACGCUACAGGAACCUCUCCUUGAAGCCCUCAAAAUUUACGUAAGGAAGAGAAGACCUCACAAACCUCAUAUGUUUCCCAAGAUGUUAAUGAAGAUCACAGACCUCCGUAGCAUCAGUGCCAAGGGAGCAGAGCGAGUGAUCACUCUGAAGAUGGAGAUACCAGGCUCAAUGCCACCACUCAUUCAAGAAAUGCUAGAGAACUCUGAAGGCAUGGAGCCUCUAGGACACCACCAAGGGAGGAGUAGCACAGUCUCUGCAGGCAGUUGUAGCCCUAGCCUGUCCCCCAGCUCAACCCAAAGCAGCCCCACCACACAGUCUCCGUAGCGCUUGCAGCUCUUCAACUACUGCACUACUGGCCAAAACAAGACUGUGACUGUGCUCAGUGACUCGGAAAUUCAUGGAUUUGAGCCUGCGUGUUCCACUGCACUGGGCAAUGGGCAAAUUCUAUAGGCAAUACCACAGUAUUUGAUAUACAUAUCCUUGGUUGUGAAUUUUAUUUUUUGUUAUAAUGCAGUAACACUGCUGGAUUUUAAAAGGCUUACAGACUGGAUUUCUACCUGUAUCAGAUUUGGAAAUUCUUUGAUUAUAUGAACUUUGUUCAGAAGGCAUGAAGGAUGAUGAGGAAAUGCACUGUUUGCGGGAAUGUUUUGUACAUUGUGGCAAAAGAGGAGUACCAUAAUGUUUUACAUUUUUGAACCCGUUCCACCACAACACAUUUUGUGUGAUGAUGAUAAUACAAGAAAAGGAGGCAAAGAAUUGUUAUUGAAGUUUUAUCACCAUUUGUUUUAAGAACGUGUUCUUUUUGGGUUUUUUUUGUUCUCCACUCUUGUGAUGUGACAGUGUAUCUAAAAACUGCAACCUCUAGCUGAAUGCUGGUGGAAGUUAGAAAUUAGCAUACUUUAAAAAGAAAAAAAAAACAACUUUAGACAAAAAUUGCACAAUACCAGGUGAUUUUGCUUGUGUGUGUGUAUGUAUGUGUGUGUGUAUAUAUAUAUAUAUAUAUAUAUAUAUAUAUAUAGUGUAUGUGUUUAUACAUAUAAACAUCUCUCUCUCUCUGUCAUAUAUAAAGUGAAUUAUGAGAGUGACAGAGAAAUGUAGAUAUGAAUAUGCCUGUAAUAUAUACCACACACACAAACAAACAAACACCAUUUCAGACUGGACCUGCUAUUUCUGUUCAUUUUACAUUAGGUUCACCCAUCCUUCAAAAGCAAUGAAGAUUAUCUUUAAAGAUGGAAUUUGGUAGCCUCUGAGAUAUUGUAUAUAAGCUGUAUUCAUUUCUUUUAAACUAUGAGGACUUUAGCCUUCACUUCAGUUGUUAAUGCCUUUUCGUUUUGUUAAAAAAAAAAAAAAAAA